GAGCAUAUGUGUAUUGUGCUUCAAAUCGGUUAUUUUCAUUCCAGCCAAAAGAAAUGAGUGGGAGAGAGAGAGAGAGAGAGAGAGAGAGAGAGAGAGAGAGAGUUGUCCUCAUCACGACACUGGCCAAGAAAGCUGAGUCAUGUAAGAGAGGGAAAUAAAAAAGCACCUCCAGCAUAUUAAAAAUGAAUAAGACAGGGAGAUUUUGAAAUAUAAUGAGAAAGAAGAGUGAGUAAUAUUUAAAAGCAUCUGUUGGGUAUUUGUCGGUUGGUAGGAGUUCACGCGAUGGCAGAUAAAGAAAGCUGCAAUGGAGUGAUGCUGAACAUGAAUGAGGGAGACCAGAUUUCAAGCUGUUAAUGUGAAGAGGCGGAGCAAAGAUCGGGAGGGUGGGGGGUUGAUAACGUGGCAGAAGACGAGAGAGGCUGUGUCAUUGUUAGAGAGCUCAGAUGCGUAUACAGUAUAUGUGGACAUAUUGUAUCCACACGGGGAGGCAGAGAGAGGCUGGUGCAGCAGCAGGAGCCACAUGAGCAGCGGGGAGGAGUCAGGAGAGGAGAGGCGAAUAAAAAGUCCACGCCCCUCUCUGCCGAGCAUCCAUUUACAGAGCAGCUGAUGUCUGCUGCUUCACUGGAUGCGUACAGACUCAGCAGUAACAGAGAAGAAGAAGAAGAAAACCCCCCACAGUGCACUGGGGAUCUGCUGGAUUUGGAUUACAACACCCAGGCAGCGAAGUAUCUCAACCUCGCCACGGUGGAGAAGUCUUUCACAGGCCCUGGAGUAUUUCUGAGGAGGUUUGUUGCAUCGUUCGUGUAAGAAAUGUUAGAUGUACUUAACCUCGGAGAGAAGGAGUAUUUCAGACACAGCAUCUAACCAACGCUGCUCAGUGCUGUGUGAAAACUGUCUUUAAGGAGUAUCUCAUCCAGCUGAUUAACAGAGGAGUGGCUUAAGAACUGCAGUCCUUUCACUUUAUGUACCUGGGAUUCUACAGGUUGCUCUCAGACAAGUUUCAAACAUGACCACCAUGCAAAGGCUGCUGCAGCUGCCGGUGAAUGCAGUGAACAUGGUGAAGACGGUGCAGAGUCAGGUCCAGGGCCAGGAGGAGGACAAGAGCCCCGUGCUGACCCCUGACAACGCACCGCAGAACUGGUACAGCGCCUUGCAGCCUGAUGAGCUGCGCCACCUCCGAUCUGGAGGUACAGGAGGAGGGGGAGGAGGUAGUGGUAGUGGUGGCGGUAGUGGUGGAGACCAGGAAGAACGAGGACCACUGGAGGAAGGUGGCGGAGGUGGCAGUUUCCAAACUCAACCUUUGCGACAUGACGACUUGAAGGAAAUGCUGGACAGCAACAAAGACUCUCUAAAGCUGGAGGCGAUGAAGCGGAUCGUGGCUAUGAUCGCCCGAGGUAAAAAUGCAUCAGAUCUCUUCCCUGCUGUGGUGAAAAAUGUGGCCUGUAAAAACAUUGAGGUGAAGAAGCUGGUCUACGUUUACUUGGUGCGUUAUGCUGAAGAACAGCAGGAUCUCGCUCUGCUCUCCAUUUCCACCUUUCAGCGAGGGCUGAAGGAUCCAAACCAGCUGAUCAGAGCCAGCGCCCUGCGAGUCCUCUCCAGCAUCCGAGUCACGAUCAUCGUUCCCAUCAUGAUGCUGGCCAUCAAAGAGGCUGCUUCCGACAUGUCUCCAUACGUCAGGAAGACAGCUGCUCACGCAAUCCCUAAACUCUACAGCUUGGAUCCAGAACAGAAGGACCAGCUGAUUGAAGUCAUAGAGAAACUCCUCGCUGACAAAACCACGUUGGUGGCAGGAAGCGUUGUUAUGGCUUUCGAGGAGGUGUGCCCGGAGCGCAUCGACCUGAUCCACAAGAACUACAGGAAGCUGUGUAACCUCCUGAUCGAUGUGGAGGAGUGGGGGCAGGUCGUCAUCAUCAACAUGCUGACCCGCUACGCCAGGACCCAGUUCCUCAACCCAAACAUUAACGAGUCCCUGCUGGAGGAAGGAGCUGACAAAACCUUCUACGGCUCAGAUGAAGACGAGGACGAGGACGAGGAGGAGAAAGAGAAGAAGGCUGAGGCUACCGCCAUGGCCAAGAGGAAGCCGUAUGUAAUGGAUCCCGACCACCGGCUGCUGCUGAGGAACACCAAGCCGCUCCUGCAGAGCCGCAACGCCGCUGUGGUGAUGGCUGUGGCUCAACUCUAUUUCCAUCUUGCUCCUAAAGCAGAGGUUGGGGUGAUCGCCAAGGCCCUGGUCCGUCUCCUGAGGAGCCACAGCGAGGUCCAGUACGUCGUUCUUCAGAACGUGGCGACAAUGACGAUCAAAAGAAGGGGGAUGUUUGAACCGUACCUGAAGAGCUUCUACAUCCGCUCUACAGACCCGACCCAGAUCAAAGUCCUUAAGCUGGAGGUUCUCACCAAUCUGGCCAAUGAGACGAACAUUUCAACCAUCCUCAGAGAGUUUCAGACAUACAUUAAAAGCAUGGAUAAAGACUUUGUGGCUGCCACGAUCCAAGCCAUUGGCCGCUGUGCUACUAACAUCGGAGAGGUGAGGGACACAUGCCUGAACGGCCUGGUGCAGCUGCUGUCCAACCGAGACGAGCUGGUCGUAGCCGAGUCGGUGGUUGUUAUUAAGAAGCUGCUGCAGAUGCAGCCUGAGAAGCACAGCGACAUCAUAAAGCACAUGGCCAAACUAAUAGACAACAUCCAGGUGCCGAUGGCUCGGGCCAGUAUCUUGUGGCUGAUCGGAGAAUACUGUGAGCAUGUCCCCAAGAUUGCCCCAGAUGUCCUGAGGAAGAUGGCCAAGUCGUUCACUAACGAGGAGGACAUCGUCAAGCUACAGAUCAUUAAUUUAGCUGCCAAGCUCUAUCUCACCAACUCCAAGCAGACCAAACUGUUGACACAGUAUGUUCUCAACUUGGCCAAGUAUGACCAGAACUACGAUAUCCGCGACCGGGCGCGCUUCAUUCGCCAGCUCAUUGUGCCCACCGAGAAGAGCGGAGCACUUAGCAAAUACGCUAAGAAGCUGUUCCUCGCCCUCAAACCUGCACCAGUCCUCGAGUCUCCAUUUAAAGAUCGAGACCACUUCCAGUUGGGUUCAUUGUCCCACUUGCUGAAUGCCAAAGCUGGCGGCUACCAGGAGUUGCCUGACUGGCCUGAAGCCGCCCCAGACCCCUCCGUGCGCAACGUGGAGGUGAAGGAGUCUGUAGAGGAAGUCAUAGACAACAGCGAGGGAAGGAUCGGCUUGCUAGGAGACUGGCGAGAGGUUUUUACGCUGCUUGAAAGAGUCACAACACUAACGAGUGUGCCCGAAUGGACCAAGUGCAGCAGCCGAGAGAAGAGGAAGGAGAAGAAGGUGGAGAAGCCGUUCUACUCUGACUCGGAGGGAGAGUCCGGGCCGACAGAGUCAGCUGACAGUGAGUCGGACUCUGCCAGCCGCUCGGAAAGCGCCAGCCCCAGCGAGGAGAGCAGGUCGGCGUCAGAGAGUGAAGAGAGCGAGGAAGGCUCUGAGUCUGAGGAAGAGGAGGAGGAAGAGCAGGAAAAGGACAAGAAGAAGAAAAAGAAAGAGUUGAGCAAACCGGUGCAAGAAAGCGAGAGUGAGCAGAGCAGUGAAGAAGAGGAGAGGAAGCACGAGAGGAAGAGUAAACCACGUGUCCAAACCAAGAGUGACUCAGAGUCUGAAUCUGACGAGGAAGAGGAGGAGAGCGAGUCAGAAAGCAGCCAAUCAGAGUCCGAAGAGUCUGAGUCCGAGACUGAAGUCAGAAAGAAAAAAAAGGCAGCUGAAUCCAAACCUCCUCUUAAGCCUGUCAAGAAAGAGAACAAGAAAGAAAGCAAGAAAGAAAUGUCUCUGCUCGACCUUGAUGAUUUUAACCCUGCUCCUUCUCCUCAAGUCACACCCGUCAACACCUUCCUGUCCAACAGCCUUGUGACUGACCUGGAGGGGUUGUCUCUGUCUGACUCUGUUCUCGCCCCAGCAACCAUUGCUCCCUCCAGUGCACUGAAGAACUACGAGCUGCUGCACCGGAUCACGGGGGAGGGUCUGUCUGUGGAGUACUGCUUCAGCCGACAGCCGUUCAGCCCUGACGCGAACAUGGUGGCGGUGCAGAUGCAGUUCACCAACAGCGCCACCUCUGAGGCCAAAAAUCUGCACAUGGAGGACGUGAAGCUGCAGUCUGGGAUGAGGGUCAAAGAGUUUCCAGAGAUUGAACUGCUGCCUGCAGGUGAGACGGCCACAGCUGUGAUGGGCAUCGAUUUCUGUGACUCGACACAAGCUGCGAACUUCCAGCUGUGCACUCACACCAGGAAAUUCUUUGUGUCGAUUCAGCCGCCGGUCGGGGAGCUGAUGAGGCCUAUCUUCCUGACAGAAAACGAGUUCAAAAAGGAGCAAGGUCAGCUGAUGGGUAUGAACGAGAUCACAGAGAAGCUGACCCUGGACGUCAAGUGCCGGAACGAACACGCCAUCGUCCAGAGGGUGACCACCGCCGCCAACCUCAGCAGAGUGCCCUGUGGUUCAGAUAAAGAGUGCAGGUUCGCGGGCAGGACGGUGACCAGCGGCAGCUUGGUGCUGGUCACCGUGGCGACCAAAGAAGAAGGAGGCGCCCAGCUGACAGUCAACUGUGAGAAAAUGGUGAUCGGCACCAUGCUGGUGAAAGACAUCCUCCUGGCUUUGACGCAGUGACGUGUGCUCCACCUUCUCUGCCCCCCAUCACGCCGACUCACCCCUCACACGUCGUCCGAGACUCAUCACGCGUCUCCUCUGUUCUCCUGUAAGCAGUGAGAGGAAGUCUGAAUGUUUCAUUCCAGUUUGUUGUUCCAGAGCACUCUACUUUUAGAAAUUACCUGUGUAUCCAGUGAAUGCCACAGCUGUACGUGAUAUCUUUGACAAUCAGACAUGACUGAUGUUGAACCUGAUAUGAAACCCCUCUCUUCCUGUUCAAGGAAAAAUAUCCUUUUGAAACAGAUUUUCCCUCUUUCAAUUUGAUCUUUUUGGAAUUUCUGAGUCAACAAAAAAAGAUUUGUGCAUCGUCAUGCAUUUGUCUUUUCACGAGGUCCACGAGGUUUGAAACUUUCAGCUGCAUCUUGUGGCCUUUCUCAGCAGAUGGAGCUAUUGACUCGUCACAGGCUGAGAAUUCAAAGUGCUUCCAUAAACACAGAAUUUAAAAUAAAACAGAAGUUCAAAACAGAAGUAAUAAAGUAACAGGGCAGCUGAAGUGAAUAAUAUAAUAUAAUACACCGGAGCUCGUAGACACAAAGGUUGAUAAAGUGUUGAAGAGUCUGCCAGCUGUUGGAAUGAAGGACCUGUGGUAGAUCUCCUUCUUACAUGGAGGGAGUAGCAGUCUGUUGCUGAAGGAGCUGUUUAAGGCCUCCACAGAGGCGAGGAGUUGUUCAUGAUGGAUGUCAGUUCUGCUAACAUCCUGAAUGAAUCGAGAAUAAGAUUUAAUGUGACAAAAAUGACAAAAGUUUGAACCCUUGUGGUGAAAUCAGUGAGAGUUGCAGCAGAUCUUACAUUUCCUGGGAGAUUGUUGGUUCAUUAACAGAGAGCACCAGCUGUCUGUGAGUCCAGGCAUCAGCUGUGAAGAUCUUUUAUUGAUGUCAGGAGAAAGAUAAAGGAGGCCAUUCACAUCCAGCAAUGCCCACCUCAGACUAUGAGCACGUGUCAUGUGAUCUUACGUAUGUCUGGAAGGCCAUGAGAUGCAGUUUAACAAAGUUAGUGAACCUCGUGUUGAGAAUUUUGAGUCAGAACAUCAGGAGCUCUUUUCUGAGAAAAUAAAUUCAAAGAUGAAGAUGAACAUUUUGUUUAUUUUGUUUAGAAAUGAGCUGCCAGACAAGUCAUUCUUAUUCUGGGUGGAUGCACAAAUCUCAAAAAGUUUUCAUUUUUCGCUUGUUAGUCAUUAGCUCUCUGACUAUUUGAAUAUGUAGAUAAAAUAAGUGAUAGAUGAUAAAGUGUAGAUAUGAAUCCCCAC